UUAUCGAUUUGAGUCUGAUCAAUAUGUGUUAUCCUAUGCAUAGAACAUGGAAUUUUAUUAAUACGGUUAGAUUAUACUAUGACCGGGUGUAUUUUGAACUUCUGUAGUAGGUGCGUUUCCACAGGUCAGAUUUGUGAAGGGAAUCACUGCAUGUUUUUUAAGGAAUGUUGAAAAUUUAUAGAGUAUAUUGAGAGCGUUUGAUACAGAGGUGUGGGUUAUGUCUCAAUGAACCUGCCAAAACGGAUUGUGUGAAUAUAAUGUAACUUAGAGCUCUAUGUCACUUAUAUUGAGAAAUUUGUAACUUUUGAGUCUGUCAACCACAAAAUUUAGCGUUAGACAGGCAGUUGAUUGGCUCAUCUAGCCGUGAAACGCACUCUGAAAUUACCUUGCAAACAUUGAUUUUUUUAUCAUUAAUACUUUUACUAUAAUAGGUUUUUUACUAUGGUAUAAUGUUUAUUGCAAUCUAGCACAAACUUAGGUAAUUAGCGAUAUAUUUUCGACGAAAACUGCUAAAAAUUUAAUUGUAGGAAUUUAAUAAAAAUUAAAUCAUUAAUGUUUUGGUUACCGUACUACUAACGGGAAAGUUUUUGUCAAUCCCGGAACUAAAUCAACUCUGAAGGUUUUUUUCUUUUUGGGGCUUCGUUUGAUCGAUAAAUUCUCCAGCAGCUGGAGAAUUCUCUGCGUUGUUUGGUCGUGAGGUCUAUUUUCAUGAUUUGCAGCCAUCUUCUGAUCUCAUCUGUGACGUAUGGAGCUCAAUGUAUAUCCGAAUUUGUUGCUAUGUGUUCUGCAUUUCUGCAUCUGCAAAGAACUUAUUCUGGACUAGCAGGUAACCCGUGCUUUGCACAGGGAAAAAUUUGGUGUUGUAAGUUGAUGUCCAGGAAACAUAAAAAAAAUUAAUAAUGAUUUAUUAUUUUGUUCAAAAUUACGUGGAUAAUCUUAUAAGAGUUGGAGCGUAGCGCUUACAUUCUCUAGGCAUUUUACAGAUAACCACCCGUAACUCCUACCAUUCUCUCUCGUAACGAAUUCACUUCGUUACAAUAGCCAUUUAACUUGACUUUGUUACAGACAAAGUCGGAGAAAUCAACUUGGAGAAUUAAUCGUUUACUCAAAACAGGUAUGAAACAGUAUACUAGAGGCCAACCGUCCUGAUCCCAGCUAGAAACAAUACUUCACUUGGUACUUGUCAUAUGGCUCCGGCUGACUCUCUGAUGCACUAAUAUUAUUUCUCACUUGCUUCAUUCGGAUACGCUGCAAGAAAAGAAGUGUAGUGGUCAUGAAACAAUGACUCUCCAGGUCAUUACUUAAUUUUAAUUGGUUUAAAUGUCACAUGAAUAGUGUAGUCCAGUCAAGUGUAUCGCUUUCGAAGAAAGAAUUGGAACUGAAGAAAAAUGGAAAAAAGGUUUUCUUUCUAAUUUAAAUUUGUAUAUGCGUAUCACAUUAUCGAUUCAGUGAUUUUCUAAAAAUGACAAUCGAUUUCCAUCCUUAAUAAAAAAACGUUUAUACUGUUCGUAUCCAAAAAGGCUUUUGUAACAAUGUAAGACUGAUAUGUUUCCAGCCAAGCUUAGUGAGUAAGAACACAGGUUUCUCCACAAUAAUUAUUAUUAUUUUCAUGUGAGAUUCUCAAUGGCAACGUGAAGUGGGGGUUUGACUACAGCCCCUCUACAUUGCUUGGGAUGUCCACAUUCCAGCCCCACAUCUGGAAUCUCUAUCUCGUCUCACUCCCUCUGUUCUACUGUUCUCUUUUCUGCUCUUACUCUCGCAUUAUUUCUCCCUCUUAUUUAUUAUUCUCUCUCGCUCAUCCGAGUUUUAUUUGGUUACACAACCCUCAACAUAUAGAGUGCUAUUGCUGGUGUUAUUGCAGGAAACUCUUGUUUCAUGCAACAAUGCAUUCCGCUGUGAUACAAAGUAGCCCUAGUCUUCCCCCCUCCCUAGAAUAGCUCACUCCAGAAAAAUCAAUAUUAGAACCACUUCCCAUGCUCUAUUAAGUUGUAUCAUUAAUGCACCAACAAAUAUUAUCAUUAAGGAACAGGCCUACCUGAUCUCUAAAAAAUAGAGCCAAAACUCAAAUCAUUGUUUGUCAUCCUAAAAACUUUUCAAUUCAUUUUAUCAGCUGCUCCAUUCUUGGCGCUAAAAUGAUGUUAUGAAUUUUGUAGCCAUAAGCUAAAUUUAUAAUGACAAUAAGACAGCAAGAUUAAAAAUAGACAUACCAUGUUUCUCCACUACACUAGGUAACCUUUUGAAAUCGUGUAGCUCAUACAGUUUUGACCUCAAACCGAUAUCUUCUAACUUUCUAGUAGGCAUAUCACCAUAAUUAAACAAAAAUCCUAAAUAUUGCUAUUAUAUAAAUCCUGUUAAGAAAUGCUGAUUUCAAGCCCUAGCCUAUAGGCACACAUGUUUUCCAAAGCAGCUUACUUGGAAUUUCCUAUAGCUACAUCCUCUUUAGCUAAUAUUUUUAAUUAAUUUUAUUGUUAACGUUUACUUGGUGCCCAUCCUUCCAUCGCUUAAUAUACUCAUCCAAUACCUUUUUAUAAAAUAAUAUUCAAACUUUUGCUAUCUAGCUCAGUUGUGUUUUACAAGAUACAAACCAUUGUUGCCAUGUAAGGGUUGUUGCAGGGGUAAGACCUCUGAGCUUCCUUUGUGUAGCGAGCUUUACGAUAAGGGGUAUUCGACAGCAGACAUCAGUUCAGUGAGUCCGCCGCACCCCGCACUAAUUUUCUCUGUUUCUCUCAUUAGAAUAAAUUAUUUGUUUACAUGAAGCAUGGAGGUUCACUACUGUUCCGUUUCUGAUUCAUUAGUGUCGUUUCACUGGUUCAGCUCAAUCACACCUACUACUGCUAAAACUAAAAACCGUUGAUCGUAUCUGUAAUAAUUAUUAUAAGAGUAGACGGUUUUUAUUAGUAGCAUUAUACUGACUAAAAGUAAGCUUAUUACUAGCUAAGCAUAUAUAAUUAUUGUGAGAGUAGGACUGUUUAGAAGCAGAUUUCGAGGCUUUUAUUGAGAAUGACAUAGUUUGGUGAUUGGUAUGACUAUGGCAUCAGCUUGGUACAUACGUGCUUUUGGCGACACACUGGUCGUGGCUGACGGUAGCACGGCUCGCACCAGCGAUCUACUCGCAGGUGGCACGUGUCAACACGUCAUCGGACUCUACUUCACACAGUUGACACGUGCUAACAACAACCUUCCAAAUAAAUUCACCAGUAAACUGUUGCAGUUCUAUGAACAUAUAAAUAGUGGCCGUACCGACGCAAAACGGUUUGAAGUCAUACAAGUGUUCUUAUUUCCCAGUCAGCAGAUCAAUUUGCACGACGAUUCAAUCAAGCAAGCGCUGCUCAACGUUCCCUGGUUUGCUAUGCCAUUACACCAACAAAUAAAGCAGAUUCGUCUAAUGCACAAGUAUGAGGCUAGAGAUUGCAGUCUAGUACUUAUUGAUGGUUCAACUGGCAAGGAGCUGACUCGUUCUGCCAAGGAACGUGUUCUAGAAGAUGCUGAAGGUCUGAGAUUCCCGUGGCCAACUUGUGCUCCUGCACCUGCCGCUCAAAAAAUUUCACACCUGCUGUCUUGCAUCUGCGAUCGGGGUCUCCUUCGUGGAGGAAGCGACUCAACAUCUCUAGAUCAUGAGACCUGUGAAGAUGCUUUACAAGAUUGUGUUAUUGGAGUAUAUUUUUCAGCACACUGGUGUCCACCUUGUAGAGCUUUCACACCACAAUUGAUAGACACUUACAAUGAGCUGAAGGAGAGAGGAAAGAAAUUUCAAGUCUUAUUUGUGAGCUCUGAUAGAAGUGUGGAAUCAUUCAAGUCAUAUUUAUCGAUUAUGCCUUGGCUAGCGUUGCCUUAUGAUGAAUCUGAAUUACGACAAGACCUGGCUAAACUAUUCGAUAUUCACGGUAUCCCGACGUUGGUUAUCCUGAAUACGGAUCAUUCACUGAUUACUAUUGAUGGCAGGGGAGAGAUUAACGAUGAUCCACUAGGAAAGAGGUUUCCAUGGGGAUCACCAAUUAGUCUAUUGACGGAGCGAACGGCCACAAGAUUAUAUAAUACACCAACAGUCGUUCUAUUUCUUGAAGGUGAAAAUGAAGAAGAUUUCAAUUUUGGCAAGUCUGUCCUCACAACAGCUGCUAGCAAUGCUCAAAUGCAGGCGGAUGGGUUUAACCUAUAUUCACCAAUAUUCUUCAUAGCAUUUGAUAGUAACACAAGCGAAUGGCUCAGAGACUAUGUGGGUCUCGAUGAUGAUGCUCCACUAUUGACAAUCAUCGACUUACCUCUUGGCAGAAUAAGUGUUAUGGAAUACGGCGUUGAUAUUUCAGAAGAAUCUGUCAAUGAAUUUGUUGCAUCAUUCUUGAAUGAUACAUUACCUUUCACGUUUAUUGGGCAAUUGUGAUAAAGCAUUGGAUUUAAUUUUUUGAAUGGGUAAGAAGUGAUUUGAAGUUUAUCUGAGUUGAAAAUUCGAAACUCUAUGUACGGUACAAUAAAAUAAUUAAGAAACAGUUUAAUCAA